AUGGAUUAUUAUUGGGGUAAAUUUGCACAGGCAAAUAUACGGCAAGGUUUGAUGAGAAGAAGGGAAUAUGCUUUACAGGCCAAGGAUCCAAUUAAAUACAUCCCUCAAGAAGCGUUAUCAUUUCUACUCGACAACAGAUUUACUAAACAGCAGUAUAUAGCUAUCCGUCUGAGCAGUAAAAAUAGAAAUUGUGAUAUAUACCCGUCCUACCAGCAAGUUUUAGAAGCCAAAUCAGAAUAUCAACCAGAUAAUAUCGAAAUUUCUGAAAAUUUAGCAAAAGUGCCAUUUCAGGAUCUUCUGCCUUAUACCACAAACAAAAUUUUCAUAUUACAGGAAGAUGUAAUAUCCAGAAUUACCAUUGGCAAACAUCAAGUUUCUGCAACUCCAGUGGCAAGCUAUGAUUUUGAUGGCAGCUCUGGACAUUCUGAAUAUGAACAGAAGUUCUUGAACAAAGCCGAAGGUUUCUCAAGAUUCCAGUGUUUUUGCAACUACGCUUAUACAACUAAGACUGACUACGAAGUAAUAGAUACAUCAGAUCCUCUAAUAUCAUCUUUAUCACUUCAGUCGCGAAGGUUAAAACUUAAAAUUAAAAAAUUACCGGAAGAAGUUCUUAAGUUGCUGGAAUCACAUGCCCAACCUGAAAAUCUAAAUAUAACAACAGAUGAUUCACAAUCAGAUGCUUUGGAUUUAGAAAGCUUUUUGGGUUCUGAAUUAGAUAGUUUAGAGUUAGACAGCGAAUUACAAAAUAUUUAG